AACAGCGUUAUAAUCGUAAGCCCAAGUGGAAUAGAUUGCGAGGCGCUUUGAGUCGUGAGAUAAAUAUUAAGAAAUCGCAAAAUAAAAAAAAAAAUAAGCCAAAGCUUCAAGAGGUUAUCUUAUGAUUUUUUAUCAAGAACGUUUUAGUAAUUUAUUUUAUUAUUGAAAUAUGAAAACGAAUCGAGACGAUGGUAAUAUAUUCAAGAUCGAUGCAAAUACUUCUGAUAUAAUUCUUACUCCAUUCUCAUGCGCUUCCAUAAUAAAUGAGAUUAUAAAAGGUCUUCUUUACCAAAAAUGCCAGAUACCUUAUUCUUAUAGUCGGAUGAAAAUUAUGGUGACGAAAAAACGACAAAAGACUUCCGAAACGCCUAUAGAUGCUGGACUCAAGUUAAGAGCAGAAUGCCACUUUCUAGUUGUUUCUAAAGUUUUGGAUACUGUAGAAUCAGCAAUGACUAGCAUCACUGAUGAAUUUAUUUACCAUAAAAAUAAGGUGAAAAGUGUUGUAUUUGUGCUUGGUACCACACCAUUUACCGUUAGAGAAGUGAUUACUAUCAAUGUAUCAUGCCUUCUUGGACACAUUGAAGAUAAUCAUGCAGCAGAAUUGAAUAAAUAUCAACAAAAAAUUUUAAGGAGUAUUUUUUUAAGGCAAGAAUGGCUUGAUAAGAUUGAAGCAAAUAUCCCUUCUACAAACGUGCAUAUAUACAUCAAGAAGAUGAAUGAUUGCUCUCCAUUAAAAUCUUCAGGUUUUGAACCUUCUGUAGCUCCCAGCUUUUCUAAUAACACUAAACAGGUUCAAAUAUUUUUGAAAUCAGAUAUGCGAAAUGAUCGAAAUUGUUGUGAAAGUUUUAAGGUGUUUGAAGAUCUUGGUGAAAGUAUGGGAGAAGAAUGUGAGGACUCUUCUAAAGAUGAAAUAGAAAACCUUACUUGGUACAAGUAUAAAGAUUCAGUAAAAGGAUUCAAAGAUUGUUUUGUCAAUAAGAAACCUUUAAAUGAACUAUGGUAAUAUAUUUCAAUAAUAUAAAUAAUUUUGGAAUUGAAAAUAAUUGUGGAUAUCAAUACUUACUGUAUUGUUUAAUUAAUUUUAAUAAUAAUUAACUUACUUUA